AUGCCGAAGCCCACCAAGGCGGACCUUCAGGCCGAGCUUGCCUUGCUCGGGGAGACAGCACCAGCAGGAUGGACCAAGCUGGAGCUGGAACAACGUCUUCGAGAACUACGCGAGCUGGGGGUGACCGACCACGAGAAUGUGAGGGCGAACACGAGCAUGGAGAAGAUGCUGAAGGACUUGAGGAGGGCCAGCCGGCUCAAAAGCACGCUGGCCAAGUACUGCACCGAGACAUUGCAGCUCGAACUCACGGGCAACGAGGUGAUGGCCAAGUUGAUCGACAAGGCCACCAAGGAGAUCUACCGAGUGUGCCCUGCCGAGGGCCACGACUUGGUCAGUUUCGGGAAGCACGCGGACGAGUGCUACAUCGCGCUGGCCACGGAGUAUCCCGAGUACGCCACAUGGGUCAAGACGACCUACAAGGAGAACGGCGAGGAACAUGUGGAACCACGGUUGGCGCGCUUGGCGAAAUGGCUCGUGGACCAGGACCAGAAGCCCAUGCCCAAGUCCAAGGCAAUGCUUCGCGGGGAGCAGGGCUACAUGAAGAUGCGAGGACCGAUGACAUCGACGACGCAAGGCGGGCGACCCAGUGGAAGUCGGGCCAGCACGGACCAGAUGCCAGCGCGGGCCAUGAAGAUGAUGGGCGAGAUGGCCGAAGCCUUGGAAUCCAUGAGGCAAGAGUUGGCCGAGGUGAAGGGCCAGCGACCACGCAAGACCGCGGGCAAGAGCGACGAGGGCCACCUCACGGACGGUUCGUUCAGUGUCCUGAGCAACUCCCCCCAGAAGGAGCACGAGACUAUGAGUGCAUCCCAGCGGUUGAGUGCCCAGCUGAAAAGCCAGAGCACCCGAGCGCUUCCUUUCAACCGAGCCCGGGCCCUGGAGAGGCCCUAUCUCAUGGAAUGUGCCUGUGAAGCCGACAGCAUCCUUUCGAGCACUGUGCAGACGGUGGCAAAAAGCGAGGAAGCUGCCACACGGUGUGCCUUGUACAACGGCUGUGACUUAUCAUGUGAUGCUGGAGCGCGAUUGAUCAUGGCUAGGCUUGUUCAGAGGGGCUGGCGUGUCCUUACAACGCACAAGCGGCUGGCAACCACCUUGGAGGAAGUUCAUUUCGCUAAGGAGCAGCUGAACCAAGCCGAAACCAGCGCUCGAGCCCAUCAACAGGAGAAACCCCGAUAUCUGAUCCUUGGUACUUACGCCUAUGGGAACCACUAUGGCAUCACCAAAGUGACGUGUCAGCUUAAGGAAACGUGCCAAUACUUGUUGCGGUGGUCGUGUUCGAUGCCAGGAAAUGGCAUGCUGUACAAGCUUGGCAAGGCAGUGUUUCAACAGCCAGCGAAGAAGGGGACCCAGCUUGAGGAAGAAAUCAAACGAAAGUUGAACGUGGAUCCGUUGGUCCUUAGGAAUGAGAUAUACCUGGACAUUAUUCCGGGGCAGAUCGGUACGGCCGAGAAUGCCAUUCAGGGACUUAAGACCGUCAUGACCAAGCUGAGCAGCGAGGAUCCCAGCUUGACCGCGGAACAGGCUAUGAGCCUGGCUGUAAGUACGUUCAACCACAGGGAAAUGAUCAGAGGUUUUUCACCUGCACAACACGUACUAGGCUGUGCACCAGAUGAGACUGGGCGACACGUGUUUGGAAACCAACAAAUCCGCGACGACGUGAUCCUGAAUCAACCACUACAGGACUUCCGAAAAGAGACGGAACUGCGGGCAACCGCAGAGAAGGCAUUGGUUGAGUGGCAAGCCCAACAACGGCUGACCAGAGCAGCUAAUUCUCGUGCGAGGCCCAGCCAUCGAUAUCAUCCCGGAGACUUAGUAUAUUUCUGGAGGACACAAGAGUCCGGGAAAGGAAGAAGGUGCCCAGGAACAGCUCAAGGGCGCUUCCUCGGGCCCGCACGGAUCUUGGCCAUGGAGACAAGGCAGUCAGAGGAGGGCGAAGCGCGUCCUUCACACGCCAUCUGGGUGGUGAGAGGGAGGCACUUGAUGAAGUGCAGCCCAGAGCAACUACGGCCAGCCAGCCAGAGAGAGGAGUUGGUGGAGUCUUUGGCCACGGACGAUCAGACUCCCUGGACCUAUACACGUCUGGCCGAGGAGAUUGGGGGAACGCAGUACGAAGAUAUCAGCGAGGAGGUGCCCACUCCAAACGAGUGGCAACGUGCCCAAGAUCAGGCAGAGGAGGUGCUACCACGAAGGAGCCGCAUCCGAGGGAAGCGGCCGGCACCAGAGCGAGGCGAAGACCUGGACCUGGAGGACUCGGACAACAACGAGCCGGGCCAACCAAGUGUGGUGCGACGACGAGAUCAACUUCCAGGUCCCCAACGACAUGAGGGCGCCAACGCGACGUGGCGAGAUGAGGUCCCAGAACAAGCCUGGGCCGCUGAGGAAACUUGCUACUGGUCCAACGAGACAGCUGCAGUGGCCAUCGAGUUGGAGAUGCCAAACAGCAAUAAAGGUUGGGACCGCUUCUUCAACAAUCCGCAGGCCUACUUCGUGGGUGCCCUCAAGAGGAGGGCCGUUGAGGUCAGCGAGAAACGCUUGUCUCCGGAAGACCGGGAACGCUUUCGCGAGGCAAAGAAUAAGGAGGUCCGCAACUUCAUCGGGGCGAAAGCCUUCGAGGCCCUUCCAGAGCAUCUGAAGCCUUCAAAAGAGCAAGCCAUCGGCAUGAGGUGGUUGCUCACCUGGAAGGCUCAGGAAGACGGGAGUGUCCGGCCUAAGGCCAGGGCCAUAUUAUUAGGCUACCAGGACCCCGACUACGCCUUCCGCUCAACCACAGCUCCAGUAAUGACCCGCCAGACGAGGCAGCUGUUCCUCCAAGCAGCCGCCAACCACAGAUGGAGAAUACAGAAGGGGGACAUCACUGGAGCGUUCCUCCAAG